AUGAAACCCAUUCUGCUGCAGGGCCAUGAGCGGUCCAUCACACAGAUCAAGUACAACCGAGAAGGAGACCUGCUGUUCUCUGUGGCUAAAGAUACCAUUUGCAAUGUCUGGUACUCUGUCAAUGGUGAACGGCUUGGGACCUACAAUGGACACACAGGAGCUGUGUGGUGCGUGGAUUGUGACUGGGACACUAAAAACGUCUUGACCGGAUCAGCAGACAACAGCUGUCGGCUGUGGGACUGUGAGACUGGUAAACAGAUUGCUCUGGUCGACACCAGCUCUGCUGUCAGGACUUGUGGGUUUGACUUCAGCGGAAACAUCAUAAUGUUUUCUACAGACAAGCAGAUGGGUUACCAGUGCUUCCUAAAUUUCUAUGACCUGAGGGAUCCACAGCAAAUUGAGGACAACCAGCCAUACAUAAGCCUCCCCUGCAAUGACACUAAAGUGACCAGUGCUGCAUGGGGCCCCCUGGGAGAGUAUGUAAUUGCAGGCCAUGAGAACGGAGAGAUCAACCAGUACAGUGCAAAGGAUGGGGAGAUCCUGAAGAAAGCUAAGGAGCACAGCCGGCAAAUAAACGAUUUGCAGCUCUCUGUAGAUCUCACCAUGUUCAUCAGUGCCUCCAAAGACUGUACUGCUAAGCUGUUUGACUCCUCGUCAUUGGAUCACAUAAAGACCUUCAAGACGGAAAGGCCUGUGAACUCUGCUGCAAUCUCUCCCAUGAUGGAUCACGUGGUAAUGGGCGGUGGUCAAGAAGCCAUGGAUGUCACCACAACCUCCACUAGGAUUGGAAAGUUUGAGGCCAGGUUUUUCCAUGCUGCCUAUGAAGAGGAGUUUGGCAGAGUGAAGGGUCAUUUUGGUCCUAUUAACUGCGUGGCAUUCCAUCCAGACGGAAAGAGUUACAGCAGUGGUGGUGAGGAUGGAUACACCAGAAUUCAUUACUUCGACCCACAGUACUUUGACUUUGAGCUGGAGGCAUAA